ACCAGCAACAAGUACCUGAAGGGUACAAGCAGAAACUUUUCCUGGAUCGGCGAUUUUUCACGGUUUUACGUUGCUUCAGCAUUGGAUAGAAUUUGUCUUAAUAUUUCUAAGUCUUUAAAAGCUUGGGAAGCAUUCAAGUAGCUAUAGGCCUAUCCAUUUAGUUUUAAACUAAUACAUAAAGAUGGAGUUGUCGGAUAUUUCUUUCCCCAUCCCAUCAGCUGAUGAUUUCUACGACGACCCUUGCUUCAACACUAAUGACAUGCACUUCUUUGAAGACCUGGACCCCAGGCUCGUUCACGUGAGCCUGCUCAAGCCCGACGAGCAUCAUCUCGAGGACGAGCACGUGAGGGCGCCCAGCGGGCAUCACCAGGCCGGCAGGUGCCUGCUGUGGGCAUGCAAAGCCUGCAAGAGAAAAACCACCAACGCUGACCGCCGCAAAGCAGCCACCAUGAGGGAGAGGAGAAGACUGAGCAAAGUCAACGACGCCUUCGAGACCCUCAAGAGAUGCACGUCCAACAACCCCAACCAGAGGCUGCCCAAAGUAGAGAUCCUGAGAAACGCCAUUAGUUACAUCGAGUCUUUGCAGGCGCUGCUCAGAGGUCAAGAGGAAAACUACUACCCCGUGCUGGAACCUUACAGCGGAGACUCCGACGCCUCCAGCCCGAGAUCCAACUGCUCGGAUGGCAUGAUGGAUUUCAUGGGUCCCACAUGUCAGAGAAGACGGAACAGUUAUGACAGCUCUUACUUCAACGACACGCCGAAUGCUGACGCACGGAAUGCUAAAAGCUCGGUGGUGUCGAGUUUGGAUUGUCUGUCCAGCAUCGUGGAGCGCAUCUCCACAGAGACCCCCGCGUGCCCCGUGCUUUCGGUACCGGAGGGGCACGAGGGGAGCCCAUGCUCUUCGCAGGAGGGGUCUGUCCUGAGUGAGACCGGGGCCCCCGCACCGUCCCCGACCAACUGCCAUCAACAGCAGGCUCAGGACCCCAUCUAUCAAGUGCUCUAAAGAACCACAGCA